AUGAUUGUUAGAAGCAAGCAAUGUAGGCUGAGAUCACUGCUCUUAAGUAGAAUAACACUUGGAAAAGUCACUAAUCUUCCAUCUGGCAAGAAUCCUAUUGGUUGCCUUGAGAUAUCAAGAUCUAAAGCUGGCAUUGUUCUGAAUCAGAGAAAAUAUGCUUUAGACAUUUUGUCUGAUGUUGGUUUUGUAGCUUCUAAUCCUGCCAAUACUCCUAUGGAUUAUAAACUUAAGCUGAGUACUGCUGAAACUCCUCUUAUUGAUGCACUUCAAUAUAGGAAAUUAGUUGGUAGAUUAUUGUAUCUUACCUCUACUAGGCCAGAUAUAGCCUUUGUUGUGCAGCGACUUUCUCAAUUUAUGGAUAAGCCUUAUUCAACUCAUUUACAAGCAGCGCAUAGAGUAUUAUGGCAUAUCAAGGCUUCUCCUGGAGCAGGUAUUUUAUUUCCCACCCAAUCUGAAUUUCAACUAAAGGCUUUUAGUGACUCAGAUUGGGUUGGCUGGGUGAAUGCCAGGAAAUCUAUAACAAGUUUUUGCGUCUUUUUUGGCUCAGCUUUGAUUUGUUGGCGAGCUUAG